CUGGGCCACUGCCCGCCCUCUCACUCGCCCGCCCCGCUCCGUCGCUGCUCUCGGUUCCCGGCCGCUUCUUCCUCUGCCUCCCACCCCGAGGGACCAUGUCGAGGUUCAGCUGGGGGUACGGCGAGCACAACGGUCCUAUUCAUUGGAAUCAAUUUUUCCCUAUUGCUGAUGGGGAUCAGCAGUCUCCGAUUGAGAUUAAAACCAAAGAAGUGAAAUAUGACUCUUCCCUCCGACCUCUUAGUAUCAAGUAUGAUGCAAGCUCAGCCAAAAUCAUCAGUAAUAGUGGCCAUUCCUUCUGCGUUGACUUUGAUGACACAGAGGACAAAUCAGUUCUGCGUGGGGGUCCGCUCACUGGAAGCUACAGGUUACGCCAGUUUCACCUUCACUGGGGAUCCGCUGAUGAUCACGGCUCUGAACAUGUGGUGGAUGGAGUGAGAUAUGCCGCUGAGCUCCACAUCGUUCACUGGAAUUCAGACAAAUACCCCAGCUUUGUUGAGGCAGCUCACGAGCCGGAUGGAUUAGCUGUCUUGGGAGUAUUUUUACAGGUUGGUGAACAUAAUUCUCAGCUUCAAAAGAUUACUGACAUUUUGGAGUUGAUUAAAGAAAAGGGUAAACAAACUCGAUUCACGAAUUUUGACCCGUUAUCUCUGCUUCCUCCAUCCUGGGAUUACUGGACGUAUCCUGGUUCCCUUACAGUCCCGCCUCUUCUAGAGAGCGUCACGUGGAUCGUUUUAAAACAGCCUAUAAGUAUCAGCUCUCAACAGCUGGCCACAUUCCGAACCCUCAUGUGCACAGGGGAGGGCGAAGCGGCAGCUUUUCUGUUGAGCAAUCACCGUCCACCGCAGCCUCUGAAGGGCCGAACAGUGAGAGCCUCUUUCCACUGAAAGUUGUCCCCGGCAGCCCACCCCAAACAUGUCUGCGGAGAGAAAACAAAACAAACACAAACAUCCCUACCAGCAGGUCUUUCCUAGGAUGCUCAUUUCCGGGGGCCGUUGCGCUAUCAGCUUCAGCACACGAAGAUCCGAUCUUUUAUAUCAAACUAACUGAAGUCAUCUGUGUCGGAUUUGCACUCUGGCAUCCGAGCGGUAAACGUCGUUUGAUGCGUCUUAAAACCCAUGAAAUAUAUCUGCUUCAAGCUGCGUGACAACGGGGCGCCCGCUGCAAACCCCAGGGUGUAUUAAACGUGUUCCCUCGCCCUGGAAACUGAUCGGUCACGACUCUCAGCCAUGUUUGGUGAAAAACUUAAACUCAUUCCCAGGGCGAUACGAUUGUGAUAUGUUUUUCCAAACAAGUGACUCAGCUUAAUAUCUUGACGUCAUUCCAAACCAUAGAAAGUAGGUAUUUUCUUUUAAGAUGAAUUUUCAUGUGGGUUGUGUUGCUGAUUCUCGUGGCAUGACACCUUUAAUGAAAGGAACAAAAUGAGAGCUUAUAGGGGGGUGGAAUGUAGUGAAUUAAAGCAUCCACCCCACAGCUCAAGAUAACUCAAUACAAUCCUGGUGAGGGAUUCCCCAGGAUAUAAAUGGCUAUUUAAACUUUAAUGACUUAUGCUGUCUAGCAUUUACUCAAUAAUGUUAAUGAUAAACUGGCAGAUAAUUGAUCAGACACAACGGCUGCCGAUUUGUGGCAUUAACAUGGUCUGAAACUAGCAGAUUGCAGGGUACCAGUGCAGGCAGAGCUCCCCAAGGGCAUGAGGGACAGGUUGCCUAAUUUUGCCCUGUGUUUUGGCAGCAGAGCAGGGAGCAGUCCUGUGAAGGUCAUUGUUCUGUCAGUCGGUGGGGGAAAAUGACUUGAAUCGCAUACAUUAUAAUCAGUCCACAAAUCCUUCAGCCCGUUUCCAUGGCAACACCAUCUCCCCUUUUACACAAGCCCCUCCAUCUCUCAAGUAAUCCUGUAAGUUGGCUCUUCACUUUGACCUAUCAUCUCUUGUAUAUUUCUGUUUGCUUUUGGUGAAGGAGGGAGGGGGAACCCCUUUUGCUCUUUCUGGUACAGAAAAGAGUGAGACUAAGCAUUAACUUAAUAACCACAUUUAAGACUUGAAACACAUGCUACAAUUCUAUCACCUUCUGAGAGUUUAGCUGAGUCUCCUUAGCUUCGAUGAUUUGUUUCAGAUACCUCUCUUCCUUGGGUUGUAGAUUUUAAUAAUUGAAAGUAUUCUUUGGUAGUUUUCUUGACAAAAUAACCAAUUAUCUGUCCAUUGUGGAAUAAUGAUGUACGUGGCUGCAUAAGAUGAGGUUUGCUUCUGUUUCCCCUUCACAGUGUCUAGUUGGAGGUCUUGCAGGAGACUGACAUGUAGUGAAUAUUUAAUUGUUUGAAUAUUUAAAAAAAACUUUAUUUUGGAUCUUUGGUAAUUAUCUUGCUGCUUGCAAUCAAAUGUGCUGUAUAAGUUCAUGUAACAAGUAAAAUGCAAGUUAUCUCUUGAAAAAAAAUUUUUUUUUAAGGGAUACUUGUUAAAUUUACCUGGGUAAGCAACCAGAAGUUCUAACGGUUUUAAAAAUACCAGUGUUGAAUGGGAAGGUAUUUCUUUAGUUCAGAAAGACAUGUUGUGAAAUAUCCUUGUCAGAGAAAGAAGUCUGUUUCCUCAGAGAGAGUGAGUUGCUAUGUCUGGAGGGGUGUACAGGAUGGGGAUUCUAAUGACCCUGUAGGAAGGUUACCACUUUGUAAUUUACGGUUUCUGCUGCAGUAUUCCUCUGGUCCUCCGCUGCACAUAGGACUUUAGCCAUCUAGAGAAGUCCACACAGCACUGAUUUCCUUGAAGACUGUCUACUAAGUUACCUCUUAGAGGCAAAAGGUCUAAGUGUUACCUAAAGGUGUUAUCUUUUGAAAAGGUUGAAGUGUUGUAAUUGCCAGUGUAGAUAUCUUUCCUUUCCCACGUGUAUUGGAUGUAUAUCUGUUAAGCAUUCUGUAUUUAUAACUUAAACUGGAUUCAACCCCAAUAAAGACAGUGAGACAAACUUUGAACUUGUGUAUGUGAGCCACAGAAUGAGAUUACACUGUUUACACUCUUUAUUUAGAAAAUAAAUUCCAGGCUCUUGACUAACUACCACAAGUUGUUUUUAUUUCAAAUUUACUGAAGAAUAUUAAAUCCUUUAUGUUGAGGUUUCUUAUACCCCUUGAAAUGUAAACCCCCCUCAGAGGAUAAUUUUUUUAAGUCAUUUACUGUUUAGUAGAACUUUUUUACAUGACGAGUUUCCAUGGGAAUCAAGUCUGACGGAAGAAUGUCAACACGCUACAAAAGAGUCAGUGGUCUGCAUGUUGGGAUCUCCCAGAUGGACUCGAACUCCUUCACAGUUUUGCCUACACGCCUCCUUCCUGCCUAUAUCAUAACACCUUGCACCACGAUUGAUGUAUGCCAAAUACUUACUGUCGGGGAAUAAAAUGCACUCUUUCUUGAGUUGAA